AUGGCGAAUUUCAGAAGACCCGCACACAACGACAGAGCUUUCAGAAUAUCAACUAUGGCGCCGCGGUUCGCGAGCCGGCUAGCCAAUGUCUUCGCAUCCAAUGUUUUUUUAGUGUUCCUGAUAUCUAUUGAGCUGGUUGCGUGGCAGAGUGGAGCAUCAGCGCUGGCCAACUGCCCAGGUGGCUGCAGCUGCAACGACGAUACGCUAGUGGUGGUGUGCGAAGAAAGCCGGCUAGACGUGCUUCCGAUUGCUCUAAACCCCUCCAUACAAAGACUUAUAAUUCGCAACAACAAAAUCAAGACUAUCGACGCAUCUAUGCAGUUUUACACUGAACUACAGCAUUUAGAUUUGUCGCAAAAUCAUCUUGUCAAUAUUCCAACAAAGUCAUUCUCUUUCCAAAAGAAAUUACAAGAGUUACAUUUAAAUCACAACAAACUCUCAUCAGUAAGUAACGCUACGUUUCAAGGACUCAAUUCCCUGACCGUUCUUAACUUGAAACACAAUUUCCUGGAAGAGCUUACAAACAGCGUAUUUUCCACUCUGCCCAGACUAGAAGAACUAAACUUGGGACAGAAUAGAAUAUCCAGAAUCGAGCCGCGAGCGUUCGCUGGUCUAUCAGCUUUAAGAAUUCUUUACUUGGACGACAACCAGCUAAGUUCUGUACCUACUGGUUCAUUUAGCUUACUAGGAAGUCUUGCAGAACUCCACGUAGGACUUAAUGCUUUUUCUUAUCUACCUGACGACGCUUUUGCCGGCCUUAACAGAUUAGCGGUCUUAGAUCUUAACGGAGCCGGUCUGUCCAAUAUCAGUGAAUAUGCAUUCAGAGGCCUUCCUGGACUUAGAAGUCUCAAUUUGUUUGGAAACCGCUUAAGCACUGUUCCUACGGAUCAACUUGCCAGUCUCACGCGGUUAGAAGAAUUAUAUUUGGGUCAGAAUGAUUUAAUUUCCUUGGAAAUUCAUUCCUUUAAAGGAUUAAAGAAUCUAAAGCUAAUAGACAUUACAGGGGCGACUCAACUCGAAAGCAUUAGUAAAGGUUCUUUCGAAGAUAAUUUAAACUUGGAAACUAUAAUUCUGGCAAACAACAAGAAAUUAGCAAUCAUAGAGGAGGGAAGUCUGCUGGGUCUUCCUAAAUUGAGACACGUAUCUCUGCGAGAUAACGCCAUUAUAACUUUGAGCGAAACGACGUUUGUUGGAAAAGAGCUGAGGCAACUAGAUUUAACGGACAACCCCAUUUUUUGUGACUGCCAACUAUUAUGGCUUCGGGAACUCCUGAAUGAGAAAAGCAAUUUCACACAGAUACAGUGCGCUAGUCCAGAACAUUUGAAAGAUAAAUACCUAAAGACACUGAAUGCCGACGACCUAGGCUGUGUUCUUCAUGAUUCACGACAACAAACAAUAAUAUGUAUCAUUGUUGUCGCGUGCGUUGCGACCAUAGCAACAUUAGUUCUCAUUCUAUAUAGAUAUCGGAAGAGUAUGCAGGAAAAGCUAAAAGACUAUAAGUGGAAUAAGGGACGAAAGAACCUCGAGUAUCAUAAACCCAUAUCUACAGAAGAGGAUUGUAUCGUACGCGGCAUCCACCCAUCUCAGUACCCCGCACCGCCGUCCCACGCUCCCGGCCUUAGGCCUAUUCCGGUGACGGAACUGUAG